AAAUAUCUCUACCUACCCAUCUAAAACUGACCAACGUCCUCAAGUGCGAGAUGCUCUUACGUUAGCAGUCACAACGUGCAUCAAUACCACCUCAGGCUUCUAUGACGAAGGUCAAUAUCGAAUCUCAGGAGCGACUCUACUUUCCCACCUCGAAUCGAUACAACCGAGGACCAUGUCGAAGCUGGGGAGGGGCAUGCCGAACAGCUAAGCUAGCGGCGCUGGCGGUACUUCUUGCAUCUGCUUGUAGGAUUUUCUGUCAUCUUUUGCUAUUUAUCGAUUGUCUAUCCCUCAUGUUGCGUGUUCGCCUUCUACCGCCUCCAUGAUGCGUGCUUUCGCGCCAGCUGCUCGGCGCCGGCAAUUCAAUCCUCGUAGCUGCUCCUUCCUACGGCAAACAAGCCAACAGCAACGCGGCUUUGCCUCAGUAGACAGCUCGGAUGUCAAAGGCUUAACCGUCAUUGAUCACUACUAUGACGCUAUCGUCGUCGGCGCAGGCGGCGCAGGGCUUCGAGCUGCCGUCGGCCUUACAGAAGCCGGAUUAAAGACCGCGUGCAUAUCCAAACUCUUCCCAACACGCUCGCACACCGUAGCGGCACAAGGCGGCAUCAAUGCCGCGCUGGGCAACAUGACAGAAGACGACUGGCGCUGGCACAUGUACGACACGAUCAAAGGCUCCGACUGGCUCGGCGACCAGGACGCUAUCCACUACAUGACGCGCGAAGCUGUUCCUGCUGUCGUCGAACUGGAAAACUACGGCAUGCCGUUUAGCAGGACGAGCGAGGGCACGAUAUAUCAACGUGCCUUGGGUGGGCAAAGUUUAAAGUAUGGGAAAGGAGGACAGGCGUAUCGGACGGCGUGUGCGGCGGAUCGCACGGGGCAUGCUAUGCUACAUACGCUCUAUGGGCAGAGUUUGAAAGAGGGGGUGCAGUUCUUCAUUGAGUGGUUUGCGUUGGAUUUGAUGAUGAGUGAGGGGAAGUGUGUGGGGAUCACAGCGCUAAAUAUGGAGGAUGGGACGUGUCAUAGGAUGUUUGCGAGGAACACUGUUUUGGCUACUGGAGGUUACGGACGAGCAUACUUUAGCGCAACGAGCGCUCACACGAGCACUGGAGAUGGCAGUGCAAUGGUAUCAAGAGCGGGAUUGCCCCUUCAGGAUAUGGAGUUUGUGCAGUUCCAUCCGUCUGGGAUCUACGGCGCAGGCGUCCUGAUCACAGAAGGCGCCCGUGGAGAAGGCGGCUACCUCCUCAACGCCCAAGGCGAACGCUUCAUGGAACGUUACGCUCCCACUGCAAAGGACCUCGCAUCCAGAGACGUUGUCAGCCGCUCCAUGAAUCUCGAGAUCCUCGAAGGCCGGGGUUGUGGACCUAAUAAAGACCACAUCCAUUUGCAACUAUCGCAUUUGCCCAAGGAGAUCAUCAUGGAGAGAUUGCCGGGCAUAGCGGAAACGGCGGGCAUCUUUGCGGGCAUUGAUAUCACGAAGGAGCCGAUUCCUGUGCUGCCCACGGUGCAUUAUUGUAUGGGUGGUGUUCCGACGAAUUAUCACGGGCAGGUUUUAGAUGUUAAAGAAGGGAAAGAGUGUGUUGUGGAUGGACUGUAUGCGGCGGGCGAAGCGGCGUGUGUCAGUGUGCAUGGAGCAAACCGACUAGGCGCAAACUCACUGCUCGACAUUGUUGUAUUUGGCCGAGCAUCCGCACUACACAUCUCCACGAACCACGCUCCAUCCGCAUCACACCACCCAUCACCGAGAGACAUCGGCCUCGACUCCAUCCGCGAAGUCAGCACAUUCCUAACCGCCUCCGGUACCACGCCAACGGCUGCCUUGCGCAACACCAUGCAAACCACUAUGCAACAAACCACCGCUGUAUUCCGCACGCACGACUCCUUAUCGAAUGGGAACAAGCAGCUCCAAGCUGUCGAGAACAGCUUCGCAACCGACUUGCGCGUCACAGAUAAAAGUCUCAUCUGGAAUAGCGAUUUGAUAGAAACACUCGAGCUGCGUAAUCUACUGACGAAUGCGUCGCAGACAAGUAAAGCGGCGCUUACGCGCACAGAGAGUAGGGGUGCGCACGCGCGAGAUGAUUUCAAAGAGAGGGACGACAAGGCGUGGAUGAAGCAUAGUCUAACGUGGCAAAGAAAUGUGGGCGAUGAUGUGAAAUAUGGGAUGAGAGACGUGCAGAUGGGCACACUAGAUGAAGAAGAGGCAGCGAGUGUACCGCCUGUUAAGCGGUCGUACUGACCGACCUACUGACUCCCGAAAAGAAAACGUUGAUUGUCCGAUUUUAAGAUACAGUGAGAGGAAAACGUUUGUAGAUAAGACGCCCCCGCUGGGAAAUGAAAGUAUGUAAAUGCCGUAUGUGCCAUCUUUUACUAUGUCCAUCAUCCCUUCAUAUAGCUAUUUCCACAUCUUUUUAACACUUGGAAAUCGACCACGUCCACCUAAUCGUCCCAAACCACCUUAAGCGC